AUGAACUUCGUUCUUCCAAUUCGCAUCGCGCAGCUCAUCCUUGCGCUCCUCGUUCUCGGCACAAGUGCUUAUGUCGCUAGCAGCUACAACCAUUCGCCCUCCGAGAUCAACUUCUUGGUCUUCACUUCAAUCUGGACGCUGCUCGCCUUGAUCUACCUCAGUCUCACCUCCUGGAAACUCGAGCGCUUUGCCCACCCAUGGAUCAUCUGUGGAGUUGAGAGCUUGACAAUGCUCUUCUGGUUCGCUGGAUUCAUCGCUGCAGCAGUCUUCCUUGGGGACCUUACUACCUGCGCUGGAAAGGCUUGCGGCUCUGCUAAGGCUGCCACUGUCUUUGCCGCAUUUGAAUGGGUUUUGUUUGCCGUUACAACAGCCUUGGCUGUCAUGGCUGUACUUGGAAGAGGUCGUUCCACCAAGGCCGCGCCCAACACGAUGGGUGCCUGAAAACUUCGCACCCGACGAACACCUAAGAUGAUGAUGUGUGUCACGAUUAAUGGUUUUCUGGCGCAAGGCGGCGUUGUUUACGGCUUGGAAAGACGAGAUACCCUGGUAACACCUCGAAAGUAAUUUGGUCAGAUCGGCGAGGGAUGUUUUCUUUCACAUGCAAGAAGACCAAGCCACAAUUUGUGGCGUUCAGGGUCGCUCAAUGACGCUAUUAAUCAGCAUCGAAGCCGCGCGAAACACCCUAGGCCGAAUGUGUUUGUCGCAAGGUAGUUCGACACUACUCUACAAAUCAAUACUCCUAUC